UUCCCACUCACUAAACUUUCUCUCUCUAAAAAAGAAGAAGAAUACUCUCUCUCUCUACAUAUCAUCAUGGCAGACCGCGGCGGCGACCGUCCACAGGCGCACCAGAUCCAAAUCCACCCCCACACUCAGCCGCAGCACCGCUACGAAGGCGGAAUGAAAAGCAUGCUCCCUCACAAAGGCCCCUCCACCGGCCAGAUACUCGCCAUUGUAACCCUCCUCCCCAUCGGCGGCUCUCUCCUCGGCCUCGCCGGACUCACCCUCGCCGGAACCCUAAUCGGCCUCGCACUCGCCACCCCUGUCUUCCUCAUCUGCAGCCCCGUUCUCGUUCCGGCGGCCAUCCUGCUCGUCGGAGCGGUCACCGGAUUCUUGACCUCCGGCGCUUUCGGGCUGACCGGGCUCUCGUCGUUUUCGUGGCUGUUCAACUCGUUCCGGCAGGCGACCGGGAUGGAGCCGACGGAGUACGCGCGGCGGCGCCUCCAGGAGGGGAUUGUUCAGGUGGGGGAGAAGACGAAGCAGGUGGGAGAGAUGGUCGGAGAUAAGACGAAGCAGACCGGAGAAGCGAUAAAGUCGAAAGCUCAGGAAGGCGGCGGAGCACAAGGAAGAGAAGCUGCUGGUCGUACUUGAAUGAAGCAGAAGAAAAUAAUAAAAUAAUAAUAAUAAUAAUGAUGAUUAUGUUUUUAUUUGUAAUCUACUUUUGUUGUUAAGUGUUUUUUAUUUUGUUUGUGUUUGAAGGUGUACUGUGUGAAUUUUUCCAGAUUUAGUUUUGUGUCUAUUUGCUUCUGGUUUCCAGUUUUACAGUACUAAGAAUAAAUAAUUAUAUAUGAUAUGGUAUCAAUAAUUAUCACAAGCUUGUUGCAGAAGCUAGUGUGAUAUUUUAUAAAUAAUUAGAUAAUUAUGUAUCUCUAUUUCAUACUUAAUUAAUCUAA